AUGGCGCCAGGUAGAGGAGCUUCCCCCGCUCCAAGAGACACUCAUACCCCUUCUGGAGAUGAGUAUGAGUCGGGGUACGAAAGCGCCUCCGAGUCUGAAGCCAGUUCACCAGAUACCUCACGGCUUCAGCAAGAUGAUGCGCAGAAAGCUCUUGCAGAAAAGGGUGACGAAGGCCAAAAUUUCACCGUUCGGGGCGUCUUUGUCGGCCUAGCCAUUGGUGUUCUUAUUGCUUUCUCCAACGCAUAUUUCGGACUCCAGACAGGAUGGAUCUCUGGCAUGGCAAUGCCUGCCGCAUUGAUAGGCUUUGGUGUUUUCAAGAGCCUCACGAGAUGUCUAAAGGUCCCCUUUUCUCCCGUGGAAAACGUUCUGGUGCAGACGGUCGCUGGCGCCGUGGGCACCAUGCCGUUAGGUUGCGGAUUUGUUGGCGUGCUGCCUGCCUUACAAUUCUUACUCAAGCCCGAAGAGAACGGCCCUAUGAGUCUCAGUACAGGAAAUUUGAUCAUAUGGGCCAUUGGAAUUUGUUUUUUUGGUGUAGUCUUUGCUGUGCCCCUGCGGAAAGAGGUUAUAAUAAGGGAACAGCUCAAGUUCCCAAGCGGCACUGCUACGGCUCUCACUAUUGGGGUUCUACAUGGAAACUCCAAUGGCGAGGAUGACGACAAACUUGACAGUGGUCUGGAGAUCUUUCGACAACGAAGUCUUGAUCUUAGUAGGUCUACUACUAAACUUGAUAGCAUACCUGUGGGCCAAGGGAGCAGGAAUGUUCAGACAGUAGGCGAACAAGACCAUCGACUGGAUUGGAAAGCGGAAAUUCGGUUGUUGCUACUCUCUUUUGCCGGUUCUGCGGUCUACACGUUGUUCUCCUAUUUUGUUCCUCAGGUACAUGGCGUACCCAUUCUAGGUCUACCUUUGGCGCAAACAUGGCUAUGGGAAUUGAACCCCAGCCCAGCGUACGUGGGUCAAGGUAUUAUCAUGGGGCCAGCAACAACGCUUCACAUGCUCUUGGGUGCUAUCAUUGGCUGGGCAAUCCUGUCACCGAUAGCUAAACACAAAGGCUGGGCUCCGGGUCCAGUCGAAGACUGGGAAACAGGCAGCAAAGGAUGGAUCGUCUGGGUGAGCUUGGCAAUCAUGCUUGCAGAUGCAAUGAUCAGCCUUGGCUUCCUUGUCCUACGACCUCUCGUCCAGUAUGGACCAUCGUACUACACGACUCUUCGAGAGCAGGUCCAACGACAUGGGUUCAAGUCCCUCCUCCAACUCUCGACCUUCUCGAGCAACGGUUACACGCCCCUGGUUUCCACUCACACCAACACUAGCAGCAAGACCCCCGAAGACAGUGCAAACAUCGAGCACGAUGCCCCUGACCACCACCUUGUUUCCAACCGCACAACCCUCAUACUCUUCAUCCUUAGCGUUCUCAUCUGCAUAGCCUCUAUCCGCUACGUCUUUCCUCCAAUUCCCAUCUAUGCUAUCCUUCUCUCCAUCGUCCUCGCCCUCCUGCUCGGCGUAAUGGGUGUCCGCGCCCUUGGUGAGACCGAUCUUAAUCCCGUCAGCGGCAUCUCUAAGCUCACUCAGCUCUUCUUCGCUCUUGUUAUACCUUCAACGAAUCCAAAUGCCAUCACCAUUAAUCUGAUUGCGGGCGCGAUAUCCGAGUCCGGCGCUCUGCAGGCAGGGGAUAUGAUGCAGGACCUCAAGACCGGCCAUCUGCUUGGCGCGUCCCCGAAGGCGCAAUUUUGGGGUCAAAUGAUUGGGAGUUUGGUGGGCGCCGUGGUGAGCGCAGGGGUGUAUAAACUGUAUACGAGCGUUUAUGAAGUGCCAGGGGGGCUGUUCCAGGUUCCGACAGCUUAUGUGUGGAUUUUCACCGCGAGAUUAGUGACCGGAAAGGGCUUGCCCGAGGUGGCGUGGCAGUUCGCUGUUGCGGCGGGGGCAAUUUUUGCCGUUCUGACGCUUUUGAGGGCGUAUCUUCAGGGAAGCAAAUGGCAGGCUUGGGUACCUGGUGGGAUUGCGGUUGCUGUGGGAAUGUACAACGUACCGUCCUUCACGCUCGCAAGGGCGGUCGGGGGGUUGAUUGCUUGGUAUUGGAGUGUACUGAAGGGCAAUGAGGAGACUCCUGUGGUUGUUUUGGCAAGUGGGCUGAUACUGGGAGAGGGUGUGGUCAGUAUUGUGAAUCUGGUACUAGCUAGCUUUAAAGUCCCACAUUUGUAG